AUGGCUGAAGGCGACCCUAAGAAACCAAAGGGCAUGAUGUCUGCAUUUGCUUUCUUUGUGCAGACAUUCAGAGAAGAACACAAGAAGAAAAAUUCAGAGGUCCCUGUCGAUUUUGUGGAAUUUCCCAGGAAGUGUUCUAAGAGGUGGAAGACAACAUCUGGGAAAGAGAUGUGUAAAUUUGAUGAAAUUGCAAAGGCAGAUAAAGAAUGCUAUGAUUGGGAAGUGAAGGAUUAUGGACCAGCUAAGGGAGGCAAGAAGGACCUGAAUGCCCCCAAAAGGCCACCAUCUGGGUUUUUCCUCUUCUGUUCCGAAUUCCGCCCCAAGAUUAAUUCCAUAAACCCUCGCAUCUAUAUUGAAGACAUGGCCAAAAAGCUGGGUGAGAUGUGGAAUAACUCAAGUGACAGGGAAAAGCAGCCUUACAGCACCAAGGUGGCGAGUCUGCAGGAGAAGUCCGAGAUGGGUGUUGCUGACUGUUAA